AUGGCGUUUUUUGGAAUUUUGAAAGAUAAAGCUAUUAACACUUUCAAUGAAGUGGUUCUAGAUAAGAAGAUUGGAGGUGAUGGUUUGACCAAAGAGCAAAAGUUUUGUCAAAGGUUCCACCUUCCAGACGAAGAGAGAAUUGUUCAAGAGUCCAACGUCGUACUUCUCUUCAAUUCAAGCUAUUCGGAACCUAAUGCCAAACAUAAAGGACACCAAAGAUACAACGACUUUGAGGACGAUGAACAUGAAAUUCAUUACCAAGGUAAACUAUAUCUCACUCAACACUUUUUAAUCUUUAAAGAUAGCCACGAUUACCGCGACUGUUCUUUCACAUUGCAACUUUCAACCAUCAAGAAAGUGGAAAGAGAGUCUGCUUCGUUUGAUUUCAAUUUUGUUUUAUCAUUGACAACCGUUAGCAGAUUGCAUAUCAAAUUAUACUUUGGUGGGGGUAUUAGAUCUGAUAAUGAAAGAUUUGCUCAAUGUCUCUCAAUAACAUUGAAAAAGAACCAACCAAACAUCAAAAAGUUGAAGCCAUUUAUACAAACUUGCUACUCUGAAUACCUUUUGUCGAAGAAUAAAGUGUCAACUGAAGUUGUGGAACAUGCACCUCCAGGUGGAUUGGGGCUAAUAUUCAAGUUUCCUGGUAAUGCUAAAGAGGCAAAGGACAAGACCAAGUUGAAGUUAUGGUUCGAUCUAUUUAAGGAAAAUGGGAGAAAUAUUUCUUUGGUUAGAACACCGAUGUUUUAUAAAUUGAUUAGGGUCGGUUUGCCCAAUCGAUUGAGGGGUGAAAUCUGGGAAUUAUGUUGUGGAUCAAUGUAUUUAAGAUUAGACCACCAGGAAGAGUAUGAGAAGUUGUUACUCGAUAACAAAGAUAAGCAGUCGUUUGCCAUUGAAGAAAUUGAAAAGGACUUGAACAGAUCACUCCCAGAAUAUGCAGCUUACCAAAGCCCCGAAGGUAUUGAAAGUUUGCGAAAAGUUUUGACCGCAUUCUCUUGGAAAAACCCCGAGGUCGGCUAUUGCCAAGCCAUGAACAUUGUUGUUGCAGCUUUGCUAAUAUAUAUGUCGCAAGAGCAAGCAUUUUGGACUCUCAAUGUUUUAUGUGACAGAAUUGUACCUGGUUACUAUUCCAAGACAAUGUAUGGAACUUUGCUCGACCAAAGGGUAUUUGAGUCUUUAGUUCAAACGACCAUGCCAAUACUUUGGGAUCACAUCUGCAAGAAUGACAUUCAACUAUCGGUGGUUUCAUUGCCUUGGUUUUUGUCAUUGUAUUUGUCUUCCAUGCCAUUGGUUUUCGCAUUUAGAAUUUUGGACAUUUUUUUCAUGCAAGGACCCAAGACGUUGUUUCAAGUAGCCUUGGCUAUAUUGAAGAUCAAUGGUGAGGAGUUGUUAAAAACAGAGGACGAUGGAACAUUUAUCUCCAUUAUAAAAGAAUACUUUCUAAGCUUGGAUAGUUCGGCACACCCAAAUUCUCCGCAGUUAAAAUAUAGAAAUGUCACCAAGUUUCAAGAUUUGCUUUUGGUGUCUUUUAAGGAAUUUGCCACGAUUGAUGACGAAACAAUUCAAGCGCACAGAAGCAAGCAUAGAGAUACAAUUUACCAGAACAUUUCUACUUUUGUAAAGCGUACAGAGAUUAGACAUUUGCCAAAGACACCAAAUAUUGCACAAAGUACACUUGAUAUCCUUUACGAUCGGUUCUAUUCACAGGUGGAAGUGUCAAAUAUCACCAAGGGCUCAGGAUCAAGCUCAAUUGAUUUCAAAUCUUUUGUAAAGUUUAUGUCUGAAGUGAGCGAUUGGGUCCAGUUUGAUGAAAGCGAGGUUGACAUGAUUCCUCAGGAUCAUUUUUUGCGAAGAUUAUUCAGUAAUUGGGACUCUGAGAAACAAAAUGCGUUGUCAUUUGCUGACUUGUUGGUCGGAUUGAACUUGUUGGUAGAAGCAGAUCUUAUGACGGCCAUGUCCAAUUUCUUCAAGCUCUAUGACGUGAAGCAUAAUAACAAGAUUGACCGAGAAGGAAUUUUAAGAAUCUCUGAGGAUCUAUUGUACAUAACAACUCCCUGGAAAGAGGGCCAUUUGUUAGACGAAAUCACUCGGACGGCGGUUGAGAAUGAAGUUGCUGACGCAGUAUUGAAGAAGCAAAUGGAGUCUGAGAAGGGGGCUACAGGUGGUGAUGAAAAGAGUCAAAACCAAGCAAUUGACUUACCAGCUCACAUUGAUGUCAAUAAGGAAAAGCUUGCAGCAGAACAAUCCGAAAGGUACUUGCAAGCAGCAAGCACUUUUAUCAAUCGUGCGUUUGAGUACGCUCAACCCGAGGAAGAGGAAUUGCUUAUCAAGGAUCUUGCCAUAGAUGAGAAACUCAAAUAUAAUGCUGCAUUGGACCCUAGUCAUCCCGUGUACCUCAAUUUGGCCACAUUUAGAAUGGUUAUUUUGGCCGACGAGACGUACGAAUUGCUCUUUAGCUCCACUUUUAAAGACUCGAUUCACUUGGACCAACCAUUGGAUGCCAAGUUUGAUCCAAUGCGGAAUAUAAGAGAUAUGUUUGACGGCCUCUUGGCUGACGGGAAAAAAGUAGCUAAUAAGGUCAGAUUAAGAAUGGACUCGAGGGCUUCACAACAGAGCCCUGGUGGAUCAAGCUCAUCAUCUCUCAGAUCUAAUAAGACCAAGACGUCAGCAACUGUGGGCACUUCACGUGAUGACGAAGAAGAAGAAAGGGAUGACGAUUUUGGCGUGAUAUCCAUCGAUGAGAAAGACAAAGACUUGCUUUUAGCUACUGAGGCUCAAUCAUUGGGUGAUACUGUACAGAGAGGGCCAGAAAUCAAAGAGCAGUUGCGGAAAUUUCACGAGACCAGUAAGGAAUCUAAAGAACAUAUUGGAGAUGAUGGUGCUCUGUCAAAUAAUGGCAAAGAGAACUUGAUAGAGUUUGAAACUUGA